UAUAUCAAGGUAAUAAAACAAAAUUAUAUUUAAAAACAGUAAAUAUUAUAAGUUUUUCAACAAAUACAACUAUUUUUAGACGGAGAGAGUAAAUAGAAAGAAAAGAAUUAAGUUUUUAUGUUUUAAAACCCCCCUCCUUAAACCCUACUCUUAGCCGUUGUUUAAAACCUCUCUCCCAUUAACAACAUCUCUAAGUUUACUGCACUCAACUCUCAUGGAUUCUGAUUCUUUGGCUCCCAAAGCACCUAGAAAGGUGAGAUUUGCACCUAAAGGUCCUCCUCGUAGAGCACAGAAAACCGUUCUGCCUAAGCCUGAAAAUGUAGAAGCUGAUAUUGAUGCGGCUAAAGCAGAGGAAUUGAUGAAGCGCUUCAAUGAAGCUUCUACAAAAGUUAAAUCUAAAGUUGAAAAGAAAGGACCUACUCAAGUUGCGUUUGGUUAUGGAGGUUCAUCAUCGUCAGUGAAAUCGUAUGGCCCUUUCAAGGGUCAUAACAAGGUUGCCGGCGCAAUGUCCGAUGGUAGCGUUGGUGGGCAGCGAGUGCAGAAAGAAUACACCGAGCCAUGGGAUUAUUAUACCAACUAUCCUGUAACUCUUCCCGUGAGGAGACCCUAUUCAGGAAAUCCAGAACUUCUUGACGAGGAAGAAUUUGGGGAAGCUUCCCGAAGCUUGACUUACGAUGAAAAUUCCAUAAAACCAGCGAUGGAGCUUGGUCUAAUGGAGGAGAAUCUGGAGGAAAAAAUGUUCUUCGUUCAAUUACCACCUGCCAUGCCAAUGCUGAAGCAAUCAGUUAAAACAGAAGGCAGUGAGAUGGCGCCCAGCGCAAGGCCUUCAAAGGCUAAGGCUUCUAGCUUAAAUGAGUUACCUGCGGGGUUCAUGGGUAAAAUGUUAGUGUACAAGAGCGGUGCUGUUAAGCUGAAGCUUGGUGAAACCCUUUAUAAUGUUUCUCCAGGUAUGGAUUGUUCGUUUGCCCAGGAUGUUGUUGCGGUUAAUACAGAAGAGAAGUAUUGUUCGAACAUCGGGGAGCUCACUAAGCGUGUCAUUAUAACACCAGAUGUGGACUCAAUCUUGGAUUCCAUCUGAUUAUGUUGGUUUACUUGCUAUUUAUUAUGCUCUGGUGAUACAUAUAGCAAUUGUUUUUUUCUUAUUUGAAGUUAGCACACAGCUUUCUAUACACAUAUGCACUUAGUUGGGCCUUUUCAAUGAUGAACCAUUAGCAUAAAUUGACUUGAUCUUAUGGAAUUAUGCAAGAUUCUGUUUUUCGUUGGGCUCAUCUUGAAGUUCCCUCUCUCCUGUAUCACAUUUCUAUUUAUUUAUUUAUUUAUUUAUUUAUUUAUUUGCGCUUUUCA